AUCCACAUCAUGCCGAUUUACCAUGCCCAUUUAUGGAAAACUGAUGGUGGUUUGUUUUCAGGAAAGAGUCCAUAGGACCUUACAUGGUUUGCAUCAUUGGUGACAAGUAUGGCUACAGACCAAUUCCUGUCAAGAUUGACAAGGAAAUCUUUGAAAUGCUUCUGGGAAGCGUCAAAAGUCACAGUGGCAGUAAAAAUGCCUCCGAAUUGUUAGAAAAAUGGUACAAACUUGAUGAAAACAGUGUACCCGCAGCAUACGUCUUGCUGCCGGUUUCAACAUUCCUUCCUCACGCUUAUAAGACCGUUGUUUACUCAGACGAAACGAAGGCGAAGCAAGAAAGACAACAAUGGUGGCAAACUCUGGUAACUAUGAGAGAGGCUUUGAAAAAGGCGGCAAGCCAGAUCGAUUUUACGGCCUUUCCUGUCUGCAACAUGACCGAGGAGGAUUUUAAGAUAUCAGUGACAGAAGAAGAAAUCACAACUGGAAUUAAAGGAGAGGACAUGGACCCUAGUUACAUGUUUUUGUUUCUUCGGAACCUGAAAGGGUUAGAAGAAGUUGAUCCAAACAACAACGGUUUUGUGAAGCGUUUUAUGGACGUUGACGAAUGUGGGCGUAAAUCUCAGAUUGCAAAUGGAGAUGAUUCGAAACUCUUGCUAGACAAGCUCAAAGACCACUGCCAAGGGUUUAUACCAAGCAAUAACAUCUGUAGAUACAGCCUUGAAUUUCACGUCACUGAGAAUGGCCAUCUCGAUAUGAAACAGAACAAAGAGGACAUAAAGACAUUCUGUGACAAGUUUUGCCAGUUAAUGGUGGAUAGCAUUCAAGAAGCUGUGGCCAAGCAUCGGGUUAUUAGUGACCCACUAUAUCUUGAAGUUCUUCAUCACGCAACAAUGGCAGAGAAAAGGACGGAGGCAUUCGUUGGCAGGGAACAUCUUUUGCGAAAGAUGGAAGCAUACCUAAAGCUGGAGAACGGUGAAAAGCCAUUCAUUGUUCAUGGUAUAUCUGGAUGCGGCAAAACAUCUCUUUUGGCAAAGGUGUUCACUACGUCCAUUGAAAACUGGAGUGGAGUGGACACUGGAAGGCCAUUUCAUUUCAUAAGAUUCAUUGGAACUUCGCCUUUCUCGUCCAAUGUGAGGUCUAUGUUGAGGAAUUUAUGUCAGCAGAUUUCUCUCGCUCUGAAUGAUACAUCAGCUGUCAUUACAGAUAACUAUGAGCGUCUGGUAGCAAGAUUUAGGCCUUUUCAUUUCAUAAGAUUCAUUGGAACUUCGCCUUUCUCGUCCAAUGUGAGGUCGAUGUUGAGGAAUUUAUGUCAGCAGAUUUCUCUUGCUCUGAAUGAUACAUCAGCUGUCAUUACAGAUAACUAUGAGCGUCUGGUAGCAAGAUUUAGGUCGCUUCUCCAAAGAGCCACAGCAGAAAAACCAAUCGUUCUGUUCCUUGACUCUUUGGAUCAGCUGUCCGACCAAGAUGAUGGUCGCUCACUAAGAUGGCUGCCGACAAGUCUGCCAAAAAAUGUUCACAUUGUCGUGAGCACCUUGCCUAACACAGGAGGAUGCCUUGCUGUUCUGAAAACUAAACUGAAACCGGAGAGCAAUCCUGACUUUUAUCUUGAGGUGUCGGCCCUCGAAUCGAGUGAUGCCGAAAGCAUUCUGGACACGAGACUGGAAAACGAGAAAAGGAGACUCACGGGAGAGCAAAGAAUGCAAGUAUUGGAAACCUGCUCCAAGCCAACAGCUCUGUAUAUGAAGUUAGCCUGUGAUACAGCAAUUCGAUGGAAAUCAUUUUCUGAGAACACGCAGAAAGAACUAAGACCCACAGCUACCGAACUAAUCAUACAGCUCUUUGAGCGCUUAGUCACCGAACAUGGGGAACAAUUUGUUCGUCGAGCCCUGGGUUACAUUACAGCGUCCAAAACAGGUCUAACGAAGUCAGAACUGGAAGAUAUCUUAUCAUGUGAUGAUAUUGUGCUCGCUGACGAAGUCUUUAAAUACCACGUUCCCCCAAUCAGAAGACUGCCCCCGUUACUGUGGACACGACUCAGGAACGACCUAGGUAGUUACUUAGUCAAAGUAGCAGCAGAUGGUCACGUGGUGUACAAGUGGUAUCACAGAUUGUUCCUGGAGGCUGCGAGAAGUUACUUUCUAGGUGAUAAGCCUUUUACAGACUCACUUCACAGAGAUCUGGCAAACUACUUCAAUGGCAGGUGGGCACGCGAGGCAAAGCCGUACACAGAUAAGCAAGGUAACAUAAGAAGUGCUCACAGGAUGGUGGCGGACCAACCGCUGAUACUAAGUACUGAGGUCGAGGAAAGAAUGGAUUUGGAAGAUGAAGAGGCUGGACCCAGAUACAAUUUGCGUAAAUUGAGUGAGCUCCCUUACCAUUUAAUACGAUCUGAGAUGUGGAAUGAAUUUGUGGAGAUUGUAUGCCAGAUUCCGUGGCUCAUGGCAAAAUGUAAGGCUGGUAAAGCUUUUGAACUCACCCUAGAACUCUCCGAGGCCUCGCUGAAAUGCGCCAAAGACAAAUCAGCUAUCAUCGAAGAUGUUUACAGCUGUAUCCGAGCCAAUGCCCAGCACCUGAGUCAGUUUCCUGAGUUGGUGCCACAAUUGUGUCUUAAUGAACCGGACAUUUCAUACUGUACAACUAUGGCGCAGAAAUAUCUGAAGUCUACCAACAACUUCACAGGUAACAAGAUCACUCUAUGGCGAGACUUGACAAAACUUGAAUCUCGAAAGAUUAACGUAGCAUCAUUUAAGCACCCGGCUGCGGUCCGAAAAUGUGUGUUUUCCAAAGGAUGCAAAUAUCUGGCCACUUACGCCGCAGAUGGAGUGUUACGUGUUUUCAUGGUUGCUAGUGGCUACACCGUGAUGAGUAAACAUUGUGACUGUCACGUGAUAUCGUUUCCAGCAAGUAUCGACCAAUGUCAUUGGGUCGCAGUCGCAGGUACAAAGUCCAUUGCCCGUUUCGGCUUAGGCUCUGGAGGCAAACACGAAGGUACUUCGCUGCAAGAGAUAAAAGUCGAUUGCGAUAUAGACGAGAGAGCAAGCAUCGCAAUUACCAAGAAAGGAAAAGUUUGGGAGAUUUUUCUGGCGACGUCGCAUGGCAAGCUACGCUCAUACAGUACUUCAGCAUCUUCUCAUGGUCAGCCUGUCCUGAAAGAAGAACUCCCGGUGCGUGAAGAGGGCGUUGAGUUUUUAAUUCGUUGGUCUUUGAUUCCAGAAGAUAAAGUGAAAACAUUUCUAAGUUAUGUUUCUGCCUUAAACGCUGAUACAUGA